UGAAACGCGUUUUAUCGAGACGAUUUAAUCCGGAGAACGGUACCUUCGCACUUCGACACAUUGGAUCCUCAAUUUUUCAAGCUUCGAGCUCCGACGGAUGAACGAGAAUUGUUGGAAAUGCCAAAAGAAAUCUAGGACACGGUGAACAAAGAAACAGUGUUAUCAUGGUCCGCGUAAUUACUCAGGAAACCUACGACGAAGUCGUUAACGAAAAUAUCGAGCAAUUUUCGAUGACACCCGAGGAAGCUAUCGAGGAUGCUAUAAAACAAUUCGAUGCCCAGGGGGUAGACUUGAGCAACAUCAUUAAAGAUUUAAUCAUCAGCAAUGACACUGAACUGAUAGAAUCUUAUCUGAACCAACUCAAGAUAGCUGUGGCAGAGAAGAAUUAUGAGAAUGUGCCUCAUACAUUGGACAAAUUAAGGCACGAGUUGGAUAAAGAUAUUGCUAGAAGACUGUAUGCUGGUAAAAAGGGAGGAUAUGACACUUUAAUAAAAUUAAUGAAAUCUUGCCCUAAUAAUAGCUCUGUGAUAAGAUCUUCAUUGAAAACUAUUGCCUCGUUAAUGAGUGGUAAUCCAGACUUAUUGAACGACGAAGGAAUAGCCUUGCAAAUACAGAUUUUAGAUAGAUGUACCGAUAUUCCAACGUUACAAUAUCUUUUGCACUGGAUAAGAGAAUGUUGCAUAAAACAUGAGCGCAACAGACAAGGUAUUUUCAACGCAGACAUCUUCAGUAAACUUAAGAAAAUAUUGGUCAGAGAAAAUGCAAGUGGGUCUGAAUUAAGAGACGCUUGUGCUGUGAUCAGAGCGCUGGUGUUGGACGAUGAUAUAAGACACGAAUAUGGGAAAGCUCACGAGCAUGCAAGUAUUAUCGCCAAAGGGGCCCUGAAUGUUUUAACUGGGUUGAUGCCAAGGUUUAAAAAAAACAAAGGGGUUGUAGGAGAUUUAAUGAUAACUUUAGCUGCAUUAAUUGUGAGGAACGAAUUCUGCCAAGAGGUAGAGGAAGCGGGAGGGCUCAAAUUUGUUAUAGACAUUAUGGUUGAUUACCCAGACUCGGAGAAACUGAACUGGCAGGCCUUGAAACUAUUGAAAGCCCUGGCUGGCAACGACAGUGUAAAAUCACACAUUGUAACUUCAGGCUGCAGCCCUCUAAUCGUGGCUGCUGUUAGCAGGCUCAAGGACUCGGAGUGUGUAGUAACAGCUGGACUUGCAUGCAUUUCCGCAUUAACAUUAAGGUGUUCCGAGAACGCUGGUGUGUUUUACGAUUGCGGUGCGCCGCUUGUAAUCAUAGACGCGAUGAAAGCUUAUUCUAAGAGUUUGAGUGUUUUGAAACAAGCUGCUUGGGCUAUCAGAAACAUGUCUGUGAGAAAUAAGAGGGAGUGUCAAGAGUUUGUUGCGUAUGGUGUAGAGGAUGUCUUGAAGACUGCACUUCAACUACACGGCUCUAAGAUCGAAAGCGACGUGAACGCGGCUUUGAGGGAUCUGGGAUUGAAAGUAGAACUGAAGGAGAGAUGGACUGGAAAAGGUGUAUCCUUGAACAAUGACAAUUGAUUGUCGUGACACCUGUUUUGCAAUGUUUUUAUGUGCUUCAUGU